UCUUACUUAGCCAAGCAGCCGGCCACUCCUACAAGAGCCUCGGAGUCUCCAGCCAGAGCUCCAACAGGUUCCCCUCGAACUCCUGGCCGUACUGGUACCACCGCUGUGCCCAGCUCCUCGCCCAUGGCGGCUGUCAAGAAACCGGAUCCCAAUAUUAAGAAUGCCGCAGCCAGUGAGGGCGUACUGGCCAGUUUCUUUAAUAGUCUGCUGAGUAAAAAGACGGGAUCUCCUGGUAGUCCAGGGGGGCCAGGGUCUGCACCGAACUCGGGCAAGAAGUCAGGACAGAAGCCCGUACUGACCAAUGUCCAGGAGGAACUGGACAGGAUGACCCGGCAGCCGGACACUGUGUUAGCUAAUUCUUCCCUGACGGAGAAUGAGGCCUAAUCCGCUUAUGAAGCAAACUAUUACACAACAUUUAUGUAAAUGACCAAAUAAUAACAAAGUAUAUUGGACUUGUGAUACAAAGGCUGCUCUGACAGAGAAUACUAUAGGUUUCGUCGUGGAAUGAGGCAGGCAAACUAGCUUGUCUCAAGUGUUGCGCGCCCCCUCCGGGGAACCUUGCCUUGAAAUAGUCCACCUGAUAAGCCCCGCAAGUGCGGAAAAGUGGCUAAUGGCCCUCUAAUUUCUGCACCCGUAAGCACUUACACAGUUUGCAGUCCAUCUCUUCAGGGUCAGAUAUAAGUUUAUUAUUUGACGGCAUUGUCCUGUUGUAGCUGUACACAGAAACUCUUCUCUUGCGUUUUACAUCAUGUGGCUGACCCUGCGGAUGGUGGGAGAGGGUGCUUGGGCGUUGGAUCUUAUGCUGAAACAAGAAAGUGCUCCUUUGUCUGGAGAAGGAAGGCUUGCGACUGUAAGUUGGCUAGAAAGGAAGAGCAGCAGACUGUCCACUCCUCUUGUGCUUUUACCCCUCUUAUUUCCUCUGGGAUGCUUUUGUGGAUGGGUAUAUAAAUCUGUGUCCAUCCAACUCUUCCAGAGAAUCCCUUGCCUUACCCCAAGCAAACUUGCAGCAAGGGAAAUGCGGGUAGGGAUUGGUCGUCCGUUUAAAAGUUGGGGCAACUACACGCGGUGGGUGGUACUGUGGCGAUCACAUGGGACAAACAAAGCAUUUUUGGUUAUUUCCAAGUGCCUAGAAAGGUUCAGGAUGUGCCACUAGGAGGUGCUUGGAGGAUUUAUGCACUGUAUUAACAGUCACUUUUAUAUAUAUAUAUAUAUAUAUUAUUUGCAAAUGCUCUAGCAGCAACCUUUUGUUAUCUGUUUUUACCAUCCAGUUAUUUUUCACUGUGCAUUCACUCCUUUAAACCCCUUGGUCUCUGGAUGUGCUUGUAGACCUUGGCAUAUGGGGUAUUAAUGCAGAUCUGCCAUUUUACUUUGUUUUAGAUUAUUUUUUAAUAUUAUUAAUGCCAUGGACUUUAAUUUAGUUAUUUGGUAAACAAAGCUGGUAUCUUCUGCAUGUUCUAUUGCAGUUAGUGAUUUAAUUGUGGGAGGCACAAGGGGCAGCUGUUUUAUCAGUGAAUGAUUUUUAUGGGUAAUUCAGCAAAGCACUAUGGGAAUAUAUUGCAACAGGUAAGAACCAGUGACAUUUUCUCCUGCUUGCUUUAAAACCGCCUUGUACCGACCAUAAGAACUUGACAUGAAUUUAUUUAUUUUUACCAUCCAUAUUAGCCGGCCAGUCAGCACAUUAAUUACAGUUUUAAUAAAUCAUAACAAACUAGAUUUUUCGUUAAUGUGUAUAAAUAUACAACAGAACCACCACCCCUCUCCCACCAAUUGUUUACAUGUGUAUGAUAUAACCCCAUUCAAUGUUUGGUUCUCAUGGUUUUGCAUUUGCCCCUGUUUUUGUUCGUUUUACAUACAUUGCAUUUUUAUAUGGUAUCUUCUCUACUUCAGUUGGCAAAGCACUUUCCUCAUCUUUGCUGCAAGUCUCUGCAAAGAUCGGUAGCGGCUGGAUUAUACUGCUCGGAAGCCAAUAUUUAUAUGAUCAGAUCUUGUAGAUUAUAUUUUCUGUAGACUUUGAAAGGAACACUUAGUUGUCUCCUGUGCAGCGUACUCCAGCCAAAGUAUUAUGGCAGAAAUAUGCCUCUUUACCACUAGGAUUCAUCAUAUAUGGUUUGGGUUUUUUUUUUUGUCCCGUUACUAUAAUCUGAACACUAGUAACUUGUCACACAUACGUCCUCUGAGUGAUAAGUGCGUUAGCUGGCUUUAUAUGCCGGAUUGACUGAAGCUUGCUCUCUAGUCUUCUAACACAACAGUUUCUAGUAGAUAUUUGAGAAUAACAACUCUAUGUUUCUAGAAUGCAGUCAAUGUUGUUGCUUCCGCCUGCACCCAGUGAGGGCAGCUGGGUUGUGUCUCCUGCAAUUACGUCACUGGGUGUUAGUGAGUUUAUAGGCUGAAUACAAUUGCUGCAUCCACUGUGUUCCGGUAGCGGGAAGGUAUUUGUCCACAGGACAUUACAUACAAGCUAUGGUUAUCAUCGGUAAUGGGCAGCCUGGUACAGGUUGCUAUCAUUCACAAUGCCCACACAUUGGACUGCAUCAACUCCACAUACCCUUGGGUAGGCACUCAAGCCCCUACUCACCACAAAAUACCCCUUACAACACCAAAGCCUUCAGAAUAUUGCCAAAAUGACAUUACGAACCCCAUUUACCUCAAAGCACCUGUCAUUUGCCCUAAAGUGACCCCUAGACUCUCCCCCCUCCACACACACACACACACACACACACACACACACACACACACACACACACACACACACACACACACACA